CACGGAGCAUAACGACGCCAGAGACUAGCUAUUCUGAGGUUGUUAGAAUAAGUUUUUAAGUACCUGAAGGAACUAGUUUUUUGCCGUGGGAGUUGGAUAGUGGAUCAUUCUUUUUGGUGCUUAUUUUCAACGAUACGAAGAUCGAUCACAGGUGAAUAACGAUGUCUAAUCGGGAUCACAGGGGCUCGAACUCAGACGUCUUCUACCCUGAAGAAGACAAAAAGCCGAYGACCCCCUCGAAGUCAAUGCAGGGCUUGGAACACAUACUGCACUCCAGGGCAGUGAGGCCUCCAAGUCAGGGAGGUGGGAGGUUACCAAGUGAAGGUCGAGGAGGACGCCCACCCAGUGUCGGUAAUUCUCGGCCACCUCGAGACGAUAGAGACUGGGAACCAAGAGACAGAGACCGAAGGAAUUCAAGAUCAAGAGAAAACAGGCCUUCAAGUCGAGACUAUGAUCGUGCGCCUAGAGACUCCGAUGAUCGCCCGAGGAAUGACAGAAGACCUCGCGAUAGCAGACCAUCAAGGGAUUAUGGGCCCACAAGACAGAGCAGGCCAUCUAGGGAUGGUAGACCGAGAGAUUAUGACCCAUACCCAUCGAGAAAUGAACGAAAUGCUUAUCCCAGACAUGAAAGGCCAAUAGAUGGCUCAAGACCACCGAGUUAUGAACCACCGCGAAGCGAUACUCCUUACAGGACAAGUAGAGAUAACGGCCCUCCACCUAACUAUCAAGGAAACAAAGAUUUAAGCUUGCGAGUUGAUAAAUCAACUGACGCUUUAACUCCAGAAAAUUCCAAAGGCCUAUACAAGCCAAAAGAAUGGAGCAAGCCAGAAAAAGACGAAUUGACUGUCGUAGAAGACGACGAAACGACUCCAAGGGAGACAUGGGGUCACAAAGCAGAAUUCAUUCUCGCUACCGUAGGUCUUGCCGUUGGUCUCGGUAAUGUUUGGCGCUUUCCAUAUUUGUGCCAAAAGAAUGGGGGCGGUGCCUUUCUCAUACCUUAUGUAAUCUUCAUGUUGAUCGAAGGUCUUCCCUUGUUCUUUCUUGAGCUCAGCAUUGGCCAGCGGAUGCGAAAGAGCGCUAUCAUGUGCUGGAGAGACAUUCACCCUUGCCUGUUUGGCAUCGGAGUUGGCUGCUUGAUGGUGUCUCUCAUGUUGUGCCUGUACUACGUGGUAGUGAUAGCCUGGUGUUGUUAUUACUUCUUUAUCUCAUUCACCUCCGAAUUACCGUGGAAAAAGGAAACCCUUUGUCACAACUGGCCGGCGUACAACAACAUCCUACAAGCGAUAAAAGCAUGUGAAUCUGGGUCCAACCCAAACUGCACCACAAACUCUACAUUAUAUUUGACUCUCAAGAGUAACGAAUCAACCUUUCCUGAUUGCUGUGUGAGGGAUCCACCCCAAUAUUACUUCUAUCACCACGCCCUUCAGAUUUCCUCCAGCAUCGAAGAUCCUGGCAUAGGCAUUAACAUCAAGCUCUUUGGCUGCUUGAUUUUUGCGUGGAUUAUUACCUAUCUGUGUGUCGUUAAAGGAAUCAAAUCCAGCGGCAAGGUUGUGUAUUUUACAGCUACAUUCCCCUACAUCAUUUUGAUCAUUCUGUUUUUCCGUGGUGUUACCUUGGAAGGAGCUGGUGAAGGCCUGAAGACGUUCUUUACCCCCAAGUGGGAUUUAUUACUAGACGCAAAUAUCUGGAAAGACGCAGCCACCCAGAUGUUUUUCACUCUCAGUCUCGGUUUUGGUGCCCUGAUCGCCUUCGCUAGCUACAUGCCGAUACAUAACCAAGUCAUGAGGGAUGCUUACACUGUCGUCUUUAUUAACUGUGGAACAAGUUUGUUCGCCGGGAUAGUCGUUUUUAGUAUCCUGGGGUACAGACAGAUCAAGACUGGGAUUCCUGCUGACAAGGUUGGUUCAGGUCCAGGAUUGGCUUUCAUGACCUUCUCUGAUGCGAUGCUUCUGAUGGACGUCUCUCCACUCUGGGCCAUCCUCUUCUUCUUCAUGUUGAUUCUCUUGGGUAUUGACAGUGAGUUUGGUACUUUGGAAGCCGCCAUCGGUCCGAUCAUAGAUCUAAAACUCUUCCCUAAGGUCAGAAAGGAGUUUUUAACCCUCAUCAUUGCUGUCAUCCUAUUCUUGUUUGGUAUUUCUAUGGUGUCAGGGCCUGGAUUUUACAUCUUUCAAAUCUUUGAUGAUUACUCAGUAACCAUUCCCUUGUUGGUCAUUGCGUUAUUCCAGUGCAUUGGUGUGGCCUGGGUUUAUGGAAAUAACAGGUUUGCUGAUGAUAUCGAAUUCAUGACUGGCAAAAGGCCAUGGGUGGGUUGGAUGAUAUGCUGGAAAUACAUUUCACCGAUUGCAUUGUUCGUGGUCCUGGUUGCUCUUGUGGCACAGCAAGCCCAGAAGCCACCAACAUACUCUAAAUUUGUUGGCUGUGAACAGAAACCAUUUGGUGACAACCCUGGCACAGAAACCUGGACAGUCAAAGCCGAGUACCCUGGAUGGGCAGUAUUCUUGGUAGUUCUCAUAGUGUUGGUCUCCACUGUUCCAGUCCUUAUCUGGCUCAUCAAGGACUGGCCAAAGAACUCAGCUCGCAGUUUCCACAGAACGUUCUGCAGUGGACUUAACAACUACGCUCCAGAUCCGAAGAAAGAUCCUAGCGAACAAACUCGUAAUCCUAAUAUCUAAUCUCUUGACCAGAAUACGCAAGUCUUCGUUUACUAUCAUUUAAAACUAUGGCUACUACGCCUUAACUAAAUGAAUAAUAAACUUAACAUUUUCAAAUUUAUCGCGCACCUAACAAUCAAAAUUCAACGAGAUGUGCACUAAAAAUGUUUGAACAACAGCACUAGGGGACUGGGAUACAUUUGCAAGCCCCUUUUUUUCAAGGAUGCUGGUCCGCAGCGCAUGGGAUCAGGUAAAGUCCUCGGCACAUAGUGCAACUGUUGUGCGCAAAGCAGAAUCGAGUUCUACUUCUGCAAAAAAAGAAAAAAAAAACUUUUUCAUCGUAUGAACAUGACCUGAAAUGUUAUUCGCAAUGACGUGACGAUGUUUCCACCCAACAAAAUUCAUUUGGGCACACGAAACAAAUUCAUUGCAGAUUUUGAACUGCUGUUACCAUUACUUAGGCUGCGUUUACACGGUGCCGGACGAAUUUUUAACUGGUCAAAAUGUUGUAGGUUUAGGGGUUGCGUUCACGCAAAAAAAAAAUUUCGUACGCCUAACCGUGCAAAUUUGGAUCCGGUCCCUUGUAAACAAAACGCAUUUUUAUACAGUUAAAGGGGCACUUGGAUGAAAACGCCCCAAUAUUUGAAAGUCCAAAUAACUGAAGUAUUUGAGGAUAAUAUGACUCAAUUACGAUUAUGUAAAUCAGAUUAGUGAAAAUUUUAGCCUAAAAGCAAAAAGAACAAUAGGGUUGAGUAAAUCACGUCAUUUACUCACAAUUUAGUUGCUAAAUAAAACUUAUAAUUUUCAUAACCCACUUUUGACUGUCAAGAAAAACGUUGCUUGGCUACUAUUGGGGCCAUAUACAUAGGUUUACCCAAGUUUAAAGUCAUUUCCAAUUUUCAUCGAUUUUCAUCCAAGUGCCCCUUUAAGAGACCGUUUCGUAUAAACGGUUUUCACCGGUUAAAAAUCUGUCUGGUACCGUUUGAGAGAAGACUUCCUCAGAGAGCAGAGUUAAAGCCGGAUUGCACGCAGUCUAACUGUAUAACAGCACUCCAUCUUGUGUAGAUAAAUAAUUGUAAGGUAUUUAAUAUGUAUUUAUUCAAUCACUGUACGCAUUGUAGUGACAUGGCAAGUGGUUUCUGUAACAAUCAUCACAUCAAUAUUUCGUAGAUUGGUAUGAAUUUUAAGAUUAUCGUAAUUAAUUAUUAUCGUUUUUGAAGAUACUGUUACUUGUAAAGAAUUGAUGAUUAAACCUAUUAAACCCUUUC